CACGAAGAAAUUGCAACAACAUGGCGGAGAAAGCAGGACGAAGGUUUGCGGGGGUUGAGCUGGGAGGCACGACGUGGGCAAUUGCAAUCGCGCACGACAAUCCUUUGAAUAUCGUGGCACGGACUCGCAUCGACACCACGACUCCCGACGAAACGAUUGCCAAGGCGUUCGCCUGGCUCGAUAUGCAAGAGUUUGAUUCGAUCGGCAUCGCGUCAUUUGGUCCUGUGGAUCUCAACCCUACGAGCAACACCUACGGCUGCAUCACGACAACCCCCAAGCCACACUGGGCUAACACGAACAUCGUGGGCAAGUUUCGGGCUAAGUAUAGUGGCGUCCCCAUCAACUUUGAGACCGAUGUCAACGCGCCGGCGCUGUUUGAAGCUUCCUUUGGUGGCCACGGCCCUGGCGUAUCAAGUGUGUGCUACAUUACUGUUGGCACAGGCAUCGGUGUUGGUGUGUGCAUUGAUGGCAAGGCUGUCCAUGGCAACAUGCACCCGGAAGCCGGGCAUAUGUAUGUGCCGUUGGCAACCGCGGACAUCGCUACCAACUUCCAAGGCUUGUGUCCAUUCCACUCGUCCUGUGCCGAAGGGAUGGCGGCGUCAGGCGCCAUCGCUGCCCGCACCAAAGUCGAACGCACCGCAUUGCACGAGAUUCCCGACUCGGAUCCGGUGUGGGACGUCGUCGCCCACUACCUCGCCCACGUUUGUGUGAACUUGACGCUUACCGUGUCGCCCCACGUGAUUGUGCUGGGCGGCGGCGUGUCCAAGCGCCAGGGCCUGCUUGCCAAGAUCCACGCCAAGUUUGCCACCUACUUGAAUGGCUACGUGUCGACGCCACCGUUGGCGACUUUCAUCAAGCUGUCGUUCCACCAAGAUAUUGGCCUUGUCAGCUCGCUGGAGCUUGCCCGACUGGUUCAUCCAACUGAGACCGUCGCGGAGCACGACUAACAAGCCAAAUAAACAUGGGGAAAGGUACCAGCCGGGGGUCGGUCCAUCAAGCGAGGGGCCGGAGAGAGUGGUGGGGCAGUGGCUGGUGAAUCAAGUUGGUGGUGGGGAUGGACUUGGCUAAGUAAUUCGUCACGAUCGUUCGGGUUUGACUGUCUACGCCCAUUGAUUUCAUGUCCCGAGAA